CAUCUUAAAAAAAUUGUAAAACUUAACAUAUUCUGAUACAUAAUUAUAUGACUCACUCAAUAAUGCUUUUCGGAUUUAUAACUUAUUAUGAACGACAUUGGGUUACUCCGGAGCUUGAAACAACAAAUUUAACUCUAGAUGCAACUGCUGUAUUACCGGUAGUUCAUAGGGUAAAAAUUGUUUAAUAACAAUCAUGGAUAACAUAAAAUAUGUAUUCGAUUGCCCCAGAUCACAGAGGAAAGAAAUUACCCUGAUUUUACAGAUGGAUAAUGCUAUAAACUGUAUUCUGGUUCACUGUUUGAAGGGGUUUCGAACAAUUAGUCGCACAGUUGGACUUGAAGAGUUUUUCAAGAGUUUACUCUCAAUAUUCAGCUGGGUAACUAUUUUGAACCUUUUUUGAGUGAUUCGAACUGCAAACCUGAAUACGCCUAUAGGAUCCAAAGGAACAGAUUAGUCAUCAGCUGAUUUUCAUUAUUCUAUGUCAAAUUUUGGGUUGUAUUGAUAAAAUAGUUUUAUUUACCAAUUUUUUGACUGACAGCUUUAUUUUCAAAACUGUCGGUUUUGAUGAUUUGGUAUACACCAGUUAUCAUUUGUUAUACACCGAUACAAAUGGAUCAAAAUAUGACAAAAUAAUAAAUGUCAGAUUGUUAAAGAAACAGGUUAUCCUGUUGGCGGUUGGAAUGAGUAGAAUUUGCCGAAACAAAUUAUGUAUUUAAUGAAAUAAUAAUGAGGCAGAGGAGAUAACAAGGAAAAUUGAGAUUAAAUUGAAGACUUCCUACACAUUCCUUAUAAUAUAUCCAUGCAGUGUUGACAUUUUUUGAAUUGAGGUUUAACAAAACUUAUUAUUAGAAAUACCUCAAAAAUGUUAAGAAAGAAUAUUCUACAAUUCUUCAAUAUUAUUUUAAUAGUACAUGUGAGUCGUGCAGUUUGCUAUGAAGUUAAUGCUAUAGCAAGAACUGCAACAUCUUAUUUGGAAAAAUAUGAAAGCUACAGGGAUGUAGUGAUGAUACAUCUGAAGGUGCCUGAAGACACAUUAUUUGCAUCCUUCAAGUUUGUUGCUGAAGAAACUCAAUUAUCUAUAUUUGGUUGCACAUCUAGGAAUAUUUCAUUAUAUAUGAAGUAUGGUUCCCCUCCUGCCAUAAAUCCAGAAGGUGCUCCAUUUCCAAAGAAUUUCAAGAAUAUAACAAGGUCUGAGAUAUAUAAUUUAGAAAUGUUAUCCGAUAAACAAGAAAGUUACAUCAAUAUUAGUUCUCCGGAGCCUGGGCCUUACUACAUUACAACCUUCCUUUCAUACAGUGAUCCUAAAUACAAUGCAAUAAAACAAGAAGGUCUGAGUCCUUCUUGCUUUGCUAAUGUACAGGCUACUCUGUCAACAAAAAAAGUUGACAGUCCCCUGAUCAUAUCCGAAGGCGACCUAGUCGAAGUAACAGCUACACUAAAUGAAAGCAGGUACUUCAAAUUCUUCGUACCAAAUCUGAACGACCAUGCCAUUAUGAAAGUCAAUGAUAUACAUUUUUCCGAUAACAUGGAACAGCUGCUGGUUCGAAUAGAUAUCAACAAACCCCCCUCAGAGGAAAAGUAUCAAAAGCAGGAGAAGUUUGGUUCGAACGUAACCUAUGCAGCUGUAGUUUUCUGGACAGAACCUGAAUCCUGGCACUACAUCGAGCUGAAGUUCUCAGGAAAGGAUUCCAUAGAAGGGCUCCACAGUAAUCUAACUUUCAGACUGAAAUUUUUUUCGAACCAGCUCACGAGGGAGUCUUCAGAGUACGAGCUGUUGCAAAACGAGACGUUCUAUAACCACUCUCUUUCCAAAACGUUCCAUAACUAUAAGAUUACUGACGUUGUUCCUUAUAAGCACUAUGAUCUCAUUCGCGAAGCGAGCAGUGAUAGCUUUCUGUACUCGUAUGAAUUGGAGCAGGAACUGCAUUCAAAAAUCGCCAUUCCUAUAAACAUGACCAAUUCUCACUUCUCGCUCUUGAAGUUUAGGAUAGGGGAAGGUACGGAUAUCGGAGGCACGCUGCAGUUCAUAAUGGCUUUCAAGCCUAGGGUUAAAAGAUUAGACGGGUCAUCGAGGAUCACAUUCGAAGAGGAACCUGGCAACCACGUCAUCAUAGCUUGCAUAAGGAGAGGUGUUAUUGAAAUCCCCACUUGGCCAAAUAACUGCGUUUCGAAAGGCAUCGACAAGACCGCGCAGCUAGUUUUGAACAAAACCGUAGAAAACUCUACUAUUCUCAUCCCGUAUCCCGAAAGCGGUACUUGGUAUGCGACUUUCAAGCUAUUUUGUGGCGGAUGCCAGCCAUGCGAAUGCCCCCAGUCUUGUCAGGCCCAGUACGAAGACUGUGCCACUAAGUGUGAUCUGGACUGUGUCAUUUCCGGAAACUGUGACUACUGUUCCACGAAUUGUAGCAAACAGGUGAUUGCGAUCGAAAGUUGCAAAGGUUGUGAUUGUGAUGGGCCUUGCUUGAAGAAUGAAACUGCCACGUGUAAUACGAGCAUUAUCUUCGAUAUCAGUUCCCACCCUUGCAUUUUUGGGCAGUGCUCCAGGAAUGGGAAGUGUAUAUUCAUGGUGUCUGAUGGGGUUGUUUUCUCUACCUGCGUUUGCAUAAAUAAGUAUCGAGGAUGGGACUGUUCCGACGGCUCUCAAGCGACUCCCUACUACAUGGUAGUAAUCGAACUUUUACUUCUAGUCCUCAGCAACCUAAUGUUCCUGCCGGCUGUCUACGUGGCGUACAAAAGAAAAUUCUAUAUAGAAGCUAUAACGUACUUCUCCAUAUGCUUUUUUUCGACAUUCUAUCAUGCCUGUGAUGCUGGAGAACACAUUAUAAGCUACUGCCUCGUACGUCUCUCCGCUCUACAGUUCGGAGACUUUUUCUGCGCCCUCUUGGCCAUUUGGGUCACCCUGAUCGCCAUAGCCGACUUGCCUUCCCUGAUAACUCCAGCCUGUCAUAUGGUAGGGGCUAUCGUGCUGUCUUUCUGCACGACUAUCAAUAAGACUGCUCUGUGGAUAUUCGCCUUGCCAGUGAUAACCGGUAUCGCAAUCAUAUCGUGCAGUUGGUACUUGAAGUACCGUAAAGUGAAGCAGAGAUUCGCCAACAGGAGGUACUUGUUUUAUAACAUACCGAUAGGUACUGUGGUUGUUUUUUUCGGUCUUGUGUUGUACGCAUUCUUGCAAACCGAAGACAACUACAAGUAUUUGCAUAGUGUUUGGCAUGUCGUUAUGGCUGUGGCUUUGAUAAUAGUUUUACCUGAACCAAAUACAUUCCUGCCGGAAGUGCUGUUGUAAGUUAUGGAGUAUUACCUCGUAGAUUUUAGUCCGUUUUACGAUUUUUUACUUCCACGCAUUUUGGUCUGAAAACGGAUCUCAAAAGGGAAUCUAAGGAUGGUAUAAGUGCCUUGCGUAUUUUUGAGAUACGUCCGCUUGUAUUUUGACAGAGUUCCAUGUCAAAACUGCCAGGAAAAAUGAACAAAUUUUUUAACAAAUAUAUGGCUGUGGUGUUGAAGCUAUUUUCCAGUUUUGUUACUUCUACUCGUUAGGUUUUUAUGUCUACAGAUCAUCAAAGGCUACAAGGCACCGGUUUCAGUGCUCUGAUUGAUCAUCGUGCAGCACAUACUACAUUGUUUGGGUGUCAGGUGAAGGGCGAGGCUUCGUUCCUAUUUUUUUACGGGAGAAAACCUCCUGUACACAUUAGCCGCCUAGAGUCUAUCGUGGGCUGGCUGUGUCGGACUUUAAUCAAUCAAAACCUCCUGUAGCCAUUUGAGAUCGCGAUGGCUAAAUGAUCCAUUGUUGUCUCCUCUCUUCCUUUUCUUUGUUGGCUAUUAUCCUUCUCAGCAUGUUGCAGUAUCCAGCGUGGUAAUUAUUCUGAUUUUUGUCUAGGCUAGAAAUCAUUCAUUUACCCUGUCGUCCUUUCCUCUACCCUUUUAGUUUUUGUAUUGAUAUAAGUUCUGAAAGUCCCUCCUUCAUUCCUAGGUUUUCAGAGUUGUUUGGUUGUGAUGGCUGUAUUUCUUAUCUUCAGGCUCACUUUUUGUCUGUCUUUCUUCGGGUUCACGUGUAUGAGGGCUCCAAUUUUUUUUCUGGUGCCAAAUCAAAGUAAAACCUACUGCAUACGUUCCGGAGUUCCGGGUGCCCUUUUUGUUUUCAACACUGGAUUAUGAAAUGUAUUCCAUAAUGUUGGCCCUAAUACAGAGCCUUGUGGAGUUCCUUUGGUCACUUCGACAUUUAAUAAUUUUCCGGUCUAAGAGGUAACUUCCAAUUAGUUUUUUUAUGUAUUUAAGAGUUCCAGUUUCCACUAGUCUCUGCAUAAUAUUUUCCCAGGAAGCAGAGUUGAAUGCAUUUUGAACAUCCAGUGUUACAAGAAAACACCAAGGCCAGGUACUUUUUCCACAGUCUAUAUUGUGGAUCUAUAUUGUGGAUCCUGCAUCUCGUCCAGGAAUCUCUUCUCUCCAUUGAAUUUCUUCAUUCUUGCUCUGAUGAGGUAUUCGAAUAGCUUAGCAAGCGUGUUUGUCAACCACAGAGAUAUGAAAGCUGUAGGGUGGUCUAUUGGAUUACCUGAUUUAUGAAUUAGGAUCAUCCUCGCCCUCUUCCAGAUCUUGUGAAAUUCUCAUUUGAUCAAUAGAUCAUUCAUGAUGCUGAAUAUGUAGUCUGAAUUCAGUUUGACAGCUUCUAUAAUGGCUUCGGGAGGAAUUAUGACCGAUCCUGUGGCUUUACCUUUAGGCAGCUAUUCGCUUUCACCAGUUCUUCCACAGCGAAUGCUGGAGGUAUAUUUUCAACUUGGGGAAAGAGAAGAUCAGUGGUUUGUCUUUCCUUUUCAUUGGCUUCGUUUUGGUGUAGUGGUAGGAGAACUUUUCCUCAUUGUAGUUGAAGGUACAUUGAAGGUAUAAAAAUUUGCAAACCACGGCCAAGAAACUUGGAAAAUAGCUUCGACACAAAUAUUAAACUCCAGAUUAGAUUUAAUGACGAUGAAUUAUAUCCAGUGAUAUCUAAUAGUUUUAUGUUUGUAUUUUCCCAGCAAUAGAGACGCGAUUCAUUUUUGAAUCUUCCUAAUCACAAUCAUCAAAAUAUCCUAAUUGACUUGUUUUGCAUAGUUGACCCACAAGCAAUUCUAUUAUCCCAUAACCACAAUAAACGCUAGCGGUACAGCGAAGGGUCGAAUAGAUUCACUCACAAUCGGAAACAAAAUGAGUUGUGAAGUUGUGUAGUAUAGGACAUAAUUCAAAAUAAUGAUUUUUGAAGUAUUCUUCUGAAAUCUCUAUGAAAUGAUCACUGCAUAAAAUGUAGACAACAGUAUGAUGUUGCAAAUUCUGAAUAGUUUAAUUUCUGUCUGUGAAUUAUCAGAUCAAAAUGCGUAGGGGCCGAGAGUUUUGAACAAAUGAAUUCCAUCCACCACAUCACACCUCUAACUAUAUCUGAUAUACAAUUCUGUAAUGUAAGUAUAAACUAAUUUUUAUGCCAUA